AUGCCCCCUGCAAGAAUACAAAUCCAAGUGGAGGAAGAAGAAGAAGAUGAUACUGAGGAAAGUUCAAGUGAAGAAGAAGAGGAUGAUGAAGAUAAAUUACCUCGAAGAGAGAGCUUGAGACCUAAGAGGAAACGGACCAGAGAUGUUAUUAAUGAGGAAGACCUACCAGCUGAACCAGAGGAUGAAGAAACAAAGAAGGCCCGAGAAAAAGAGAGGAGGAAGAAGUUGAUGAGGGGAGCGUAAGUUAGUUCUGAUCUGGAAGACGAAAUUGAUGAAGAGGAAUUGGAAAGAUUGAAGGCAGAGUUAGAUGAGCAAAGACAAAUGAUUGCUAAUGUCAAAUGCAAGCCUUGGAAAAUGGAGAAGAAAAUUGAAGUUCUCAAGGAAGCAAAAAAAUUUGUGAGUGAAAACGAAGGAGCUCUCGGGAAAGGAAAAGGGAAACGGUGGUUUGCGUUUAAGAUGAUGAUGGCCAAGAAAUGGGUCAAAUUUCUCCGUGAUUUUGAGAACUUCAAAGCUGCUUGUGUUCCAUGGGAAAAUAAAAUCAAAGCAAUCGAAAGUCAGUUUGGCUCAUCAGUGGCCUCAUACUUCCUCUUCAUGAGAUGGAUGUAUGGCGUGAACAUGGUUCUCUUCAUCCUGACGUUUAGCCUCAUCAUGUUGCCAGAGUACCUCUGGGGUUUGCCAUAUGGCAGUAUACCUAGGAAAACAGUUCCCAGAGCUGAAGAGGCGUCUGCAGCGAACUUUGGUGUAUUGUACGACUUCAAUGGCUUGGCGCAAUAUUCCGUCCUCUUUUAUGGCUAUUACGACAAUAAGCGAACAAUUGGAUGGAUGAAUUUCAGGAUGCCGCUCUCCUACUUUCUGGUGGGGAUCAUGUGCAUUGGAUACAGCUUUCUGGUUGUCCUUAAAGCGAUGACCAAAAAUAUUGGUGACGAUGGGGGUGGUGAUGACAACACCUUCAACUUCAGCUGGAAGGUGUUCACCAGCUGGGACUACCUGAUUGGCAAUCCAGAAACCGCAGACAACAAGUUCAAUUCUAUCACAAUGAACUUUAAGGAAGCGAUAAUAGAAGAAAGAGCAGCCCAAGUAGAAGAAAACGUCCACUUGAUCAGAUUCCUGAGGUUUCUCGCUAACUUCUUCGUGUUUCUAACACUUGCUGGAAGUGGAUACCUCAUCUUUUGGGCUGUGAAGCGAUCCCAGGAAUUUGCGCAGCAAGAUCCUGACACCCUUGGGUGGUGGGAAAAAAAUGAAAUGAACAUGGUCAUGUCCCUCCUGGGGAUGUUCUGUCCAACAUUGUUUGACUUGUUUGCUGAACUGGAAGACUACCAUCCCCUCAUUGCUCUGAAAUGGCUACUGCUACGCAUUUUUGCUCUUCUUUUAGGCAACUUGUAUGUAUUUAUUCUUGCCUUGAUGGAUGAGAUCAACAACAAGAUUGAAGAGGAAAAACUAGUAAGGGUCAAUAUUACCAUAUGGGAAGCCAACUUGAUCAAGACCUACAAUGCAACACUCAGUGGAAAUAGCACUGGGCCACCCUUUUUUGUGCAUCCUGCAGAUGUACCUCGAGGACCCUGCUGGGAAACAAUGGUGGGACAGGAAUUUGUGCGGCUGACCGUCUCUGAUGUUUUAACCACCUAUGUCACAAUCCUCAUUGGGGAUUUUCUCCGGGCAUGUUUUGUAAGAUUUUGCAAUUACUGCUGGUGCUGGGAUUUAGAAUAUGGAUAUCCCUCGUACACCGAAUUCGACAUCAGUGGCAACGUCCUCGCUCUGAUCUUCAACCAAGGCAUGAUCUGGAUGGGCUCUUUCUUUGCUCCCAGCCUCCCAGGCAUCAAUAUCCUUCGACUUCAUACAUCCAUGUACUUCCAGUGCUGGGCUGUGAUGUGUUGCAACGUUCCUGAGGCCAGAGUCUUCAAAGCUUCCAGAUCGAAUAAUUUCUACCUGGGCAUGCUCUUGCUCAUCCUCUUCCUGUCCACCAUGCCCGUCCUGUACAUGAUCGUGUCCCUCCCACCAUCUUUUGACUGUGGCCCUUUCAGUGGCAAAAAUAGGAUGUUUGAAGUCAUUGGAGAAACGCUGGAGCAUGACUUCCCGAGCUGGAUGGCGAAGAUCCUGAGGCAGCUUUCUAACCCUGGACUGGUCAUCGCUGUGAUUUUGGUUAUGGUUUUGACCAUCUAUUAUCUCAAUGCUACUGCAAAGGGCCAAAAGGCAGCAAACCUGGAUCUACAGAAGAAGAUGAAACAGCAAGCUCUGGAGAACAAGCUGCGAAACAAGAAAAUGGCAGCUGCGCGAGCAGCUGCAGCUGCUGGUGGCCAGUAA